GAGAGACUCCUAAAGAGGCCUGUGCUGCAGCCACAAGAAGAUGCCAAGGACAAAGAAACACGCAGGAGCCCUACCACAAGCCCCCAGUCCACAGGCCCAGAGCGAAAGGAGCUGCAUCUCACGUGGGCAGUUCCUCCAGCCUUGGUCCGAGGAAACCUCAUGGCUGCAGAGCUGCACCUAAAGCAAGACUAGAGGCGAAGCCAGCCAGCAGCCCCCUCCCGUCCCCUCCCAGCCCUGCCCAGAUCACCCAGUUCCGAAUGAUGGUGUCUCUGGGACAUUUAGCCAAAGGAGCCAGCCUGGACGACCUCAUCGACAGCUGUGUUCAGUCUUUCGAUGCGGAUGGAAACCUGUGUCGAAGCAACCAGUUGUUGCAAGUCAUGCUGACCAUGCACCGAAUUCUCAUUUCCUCUGCUGACCUGCUCCGAAAAGUUAUCACCCUAUAUAAGGAUGCCUUGGCAAAGAAUUCACCAGGGCUUUGCCUUAAGAUCUGCUAUUUUGUAAGGUAUUGGAUAACGGAAUUCUGGAUCAUGUUUAAAAUGGAUGCCAGCUUGGCAAACACUAUGGAGGAGUUCCAGGAACUGGUGAAAGCCAAUGGCGAGGAGCUGCACUGCCGCCUGAUCGACACAACUCAAAUCCAGGUGGAGGACACGCGGGAGCAGAGGGCCAAGAGCGCCUCUGUCCCAUCACAGAGUCUAGCCAUCCGCUGAGCAGAGGUGAUCUGCCCCUCGGACCUCCCAGAACACCGGAGCAGCAGUCCUGAUGAGUUUCUUUUUCCCCAGUUCUCCGAUUAUCAGAACUACCUUGUGAAUAGCUGCGUGAAGGAGAACCCCACCAUGGAGCGGUCCAUCGCCCUGUGUAACGGCGUCUCCCAGUGGGUGCAGCUGAUGGUUCUCAGCCGCCCCACCCCGCAGCUCCGGGCUCAGGUCUUCAUCAAGUUCAUCCAGGUGGCACAGAAGCUCCACCAACUGCAGAACUUCAAUACGCUGAUGGCUGUGAUAGGAGGGCUGUGUCACAGCUCCAUCUCCAGGCUCAAGGAGACAAGUUCACAUGUCCCGCAUGAAAUCAAUAAGGUUCUGGGUGAGAUGACCGAGCUGCUGUCCUCCUGCAGAAACUACGACAACUACCGGCGCGCCUACGGGGAGUGCACCCACUUCAAGAUCCCCAUCCUGGGGGUGCACCUCAAGGACCUCAUCUCCCUGUACGAAGCCAUGCCUGACUAUCUGGAGGAGGGGAAGGUCAAUGUCCACAAGCUGCUGGCCCUUUACAAUCAUAUCAAUGAACUGGUCCAGCUGCAAGAGGUGGCCCCACCCUUGGAGGCCAACAAGGACUUGGUGCACCUGCUGACGUUAUCCCUAGAUCUCUACUACACUGAGGAUGAGAUCUACGAGCUUUCCUAUGCCCGGGAGCCCAGGAACCACAAAGCCCCCCCACUAACACCUUCAAAGCCACCAGUACUAGUGGACUGGGCCUCUGGAGUAUCUCCCAAACCUGACCCAAAGACCAUAAGCAAACACGUCCAGAGGAUGGUGGACUCUGUCUUCAAGAACUAUGAUCAUGACCAGGAUGGAUACAUUUCUCAGGAAGAGUUUGAGAAGAUUGCUGCGAGUUUUCCAUUUUCCUUCUGUGUGAUGGACAAGGACAGGGAAGGCCUCAUCAGCAGAGACGAGAUCACGGCCUACUUCAUGAGGGCCAGCUCAAUCUGCUCCAAGCUGGGCCUGGGCUUUUCUCACAAUUUCCAAGAGACCACCUACCUGAAGCCCACUUUCUGUGACAACUGCGCUGGAUUUCUCUGGGGAGUGAUCAAACAAGGAUAUCGGUGUAAAGACUGCGGGAUGAACUGCCACAAACAAUGCAAAGAUCUGGUUGUGUUCGAGUGCAAGAAGCGAGCCAAGAACUCAGCAGCUCCCACAGAGAACAGCACGUCUGUGGGGCCAACGUCCAGCCUUUGCUCAUUGGGAGUCAAAGAUCUGCUCCAUGCACCCGAGGAAGGCGCGUUCACAUUCCCUAACGGGGAGGCAGUAGAACACAGUGAGGAGAGUAAGGAUCGGACCAUCAUGCUCAUGGGAGUGUCCUCACAGAAGAUUUCUGUGCGGCUGAGGAGGACUGUCGCACAUAAGGCCACCCAGACCGAAUCACCGUCUUGGCUUGGCGGCGAGGGUCCUUCUGGUCACUUCGUGCUGUCUUCCCCAAGGAAGACAGCCCAGGACACACUGUAUGUGCUGCCCAGCCCUACAUCUCCAUGUCCCAGCCCAGUCCUGGUCAGAAAGCGGGCUUUCGUCAAGUGGGAGAAUAAAGAAUCCCUCAUAAAAUCAAAGGAGGAGCUCCAUCACCUCAGACUCCCGACCUACCAAGAGCUGGAACAGGAAAUAAAUACCCUGAAAGCAGAUAAUAAUGCUUUAAAGAUCCAACUGAAAUAUGCACAGAAGAAGAUAGAAACCCUCCAGCUUGCAAGAAGCAAUCAUGUCUUGGCUCAGAUGGAACAGGGUGACUGUUCUUAGCUCCGAAGCCCAAGCAGCACAACCUGUAGAUGAGGACACUGGAGAUCUCAUUUCCUAAACCUGUUAGCACAGAGACCAGGGGGACCUUAGAUUGGCUUUAAAAAGGGUACUUUUAAAGAAGAAAGGUGGUUACUCAUUUUUUUACCUUAAAGAUUCCUACUGUGCGGUAUUGUUUUCUCUUCCAAUCAGUUGAAUCAAAGGGGAGGAAACCUGAAGAAUGCAGAACUUUUGCCAUUCAUACCACAAACUUUUUUUCCCCCCUAGGACUAGUAUCAAAAGCAUGAUAAAAACAUGACUAUAGUUUUCUGACUGGGAAGCGUCUUCUAUGUGGCCUGCCUGGCUGCUGCUUCCUUAGAACUAAAAUCCCUGGAAAAUGAAUUUCCUUCCUUCCUUCCUUCCUGUUUUUUGUGAACUUGGCAUUUACUUUGUUCCAUCCAAAGCUUGCUUAUAAUGGAAAAAUACCCACAUUCCAAAAGUAGAACUGCUUCCUGUAUAUUUCAGCAGUCUUUACAAAUCUGGUUCCCACUUCACUACCUCAGAUCUAAACAGUAUGCCUUUUCUCCUCCUCCCUCACUACGUUCAUACACACAAGGGCAUCUAACUAGAGGUGAACUUCUAGAGAUGUAGCCACAAAUUGGGGGGGGGGGCAGUUAAACAUCAUCCAAUUAAAACUCAAUAGUUUUAAUCUCACAGUCAUAAACUAAGUAACCAAAUAAAAUAGCUAGAAAUGUGGCUAUUACUAUCUCAUACAUGGCUGGCUAAUUAGCUAAAAAGUAAAAGGAAUGCAAACAUACUUGUCCCUUUGAUGUACAAGUGGACAGAAUUAAGAAUUUAUGGCUUUUUAAAAAGUUUAACUCUCACAUACCAUCCUUAUGUUUUUUGAAGUAACUAUUUUUGAACUGAAUUUGUGCUACUGUACUGUCUUCACUAUUAAUACUAUUUAGAAAUAAGCUAAUUGGAUCAGUCUUCAAUAAUAGCUGACAGUGUACAUAUGUAUAUAUUAUUUAUAUACAAUAUCAGACAUGCAUGUGGCUUGGAAUUCUGUUUCCUCCUUCCUAAGUGUGGAAGCAAAUUAAAGCGGCUUUUGGUCACAUACACAAAUUUGCAAAGUUAAGUAAUGGUACAAGAUGAAGAAAUUGCUCACAAUGUUAAUUGUAUUGUUUGGCAAACUCACAACUAUGAGUUUUCUAUUAAUGAAGGUUAAUGAUAAAUGGGCUUUUUUUUAAUUAUCUGGGCAACUAUUUACAAACUUCCUUGUCAGAUUCUUUUUCUCUCUAAAAAAAAAAAAAAUUCCAUAUGAUCAUUUUCUUUUCAGGGGAACUUACCUUCCAAGCUUGAAAACCCUGAUACCAAGCUGACUUAAAAUUCAAACACAGAUUGACCAACUGCCAAGAAUAUAAUCUCAACAACUAAAAGUUCCAAACCUAAAGCCAACACCAAGUCUUAAUCAGAAGCAAAUUGUAUAUACAAAUAAUAGCUUCCUUGGAGGAUUCAGACCAUUUAGGAAGUUUCUUUGAUGAAAGACCAGCUCCCAUUUGCAGAACUCCUUGUACUGAGCUUUAAUGAGAAAACCAGUGACUAGCUUUCAGUUAGUGUUUUAAAGAAUCACUUUAUACAGACAUUUAUCCUUUUCUAAACCAAACUCAAAAAUCCCCACGACAGGGCUGCUUAGGCCACCACCUGGCAUACAGCCUUAUAGGAAGUACUUUCUACUUACCGUAUGUGGAACAAACAUGAAUUUAUAAUAAUCUUUAAAAUUCAUAUUCGUCACCUCUCCUUGUCCUCUGCCAUACAUGAACAGUGGUACAGAUCAAUGUCGUUAAGCAUAGUUAUGUAACCCAAUUAAAUUCUUUUCAUUCUUCUUACCCUCCAAAAUACAGAGCCCAGGUUCAUUUCUGUAUAAGUAACUUGUAAUCUGUAGGAAUUAGAAAAGUCACAGUACCCUUAGUUAGCCUAAUUAAUAUGGCCAGAAGGUCUCAAGCAUUUCAGAAUUUAUCCCUGAAAUGGAUACGAAGCAAUAGUUUCAGCACAGGUUUUUACAGUCUAGCAGGGAUCAAAGCAGCAUAAUGUAUAAAUUAACAUUGUUUGCUCUGAGCUACUUGGGAUUAGUGAAAUCUACAGAAAUAAUCUGAAACCAAUUUUUGGUUUGUCAAGCCCAGGAUACAAACUUGUGUGGCUUCUACUGACUUGAAAUAAGUUUGGACACACUUAUCUGCCAAAACAAGGACAAAUCUUGUUUUGUUAACAGCAAUGUCACUUCUCAUUUUCUUUGGUAAUUCAUUUGCAGUUUUACCGGUCAUUUGUGAAUUUCUGUUUAAGGAUGUAUAAUGUAAAAGAACUGCAAGGAAAAAACAAAUGUACAGAUUGUAAAGGUGUUUUUUUUUAUACUAAAUGUAAGUUUUCAUUGUGUAAUAUUUAUAUGAUAAAAGACAUCAGAAUCCCCACAA